AUGUUUCAAGAGAGAGGGAAGCGGUUGAAAUUGGAACCGGAACUGAAAUUGAUAUCGGAACCUGAAAUUCCAUCGGAAAGCUGCGAUGAAAGAGGGAAGCGGCUGAAAUCGGAAUCGGAACUUGAAUCGGAAUCAGAAUCGGAGUCUGAAUCGGAGCUGGAGUCGGCAUCCGAUUCGGAACCGGAGCCAUUUCCAAAAUGGGAUUAUAGAACGAAACCAUUUAAAGAUCUGGUUUAUGAAGACUUCUCAAGCCGUUAUGACGAUCACCCUCAACCUUAUAUUUUUGGGUGUGCGCGCUUUGUUUAUAGGAAUAAGGCUCAGAUUAAGAUAGACGAGGAAGAAGCUAAGGCACUUGCCGACUAUUUACGAGACUCUGCUAACAUAAGUCCCUUCGAUGCUAUCCCUGUUCCACCCUUAGCAAAUAAAUGUGGCAAUAACUUUCCCAGACCCAUUACUACUACCAUGACCGAUGAUUGUCGCGCUCUUCUCAUUCAACUUUCCAAGCUUGCUUUGACAAAGUUCAAUGAUGAAAACAAUCAGGUUAUAAACUACUUAACCACCAUCAAAAACAUAUAUAUGUUUAUUCAUUCCUUAACUUAUUUGUUAUUCUACUCUUGUUUUAUUUAG